AAGAGGUCGGACGCUCGCCUCGAUCGCUUUCCCACCAAAACAACUUUUCGAUCGGCGAAGGAUAAGAACAUUCGAUUUUGUAUCCUACGAUGAAUACUAUAGAGUUGACUACGUUAGAAUAAUUAAUAACAAUUUAAUAGUCACUGGCGAUUCCCGAAAAAAUUAUGUGAAUGAUUAGUGAACCGUUUAUAUAAAUACUUAAGUGAAUUUUUAGUGAUGUAGUUUUAUUGUUUGGAUAUAUAUUAAAUGCCUGUGUUUCCGCAAGCAGUAAUGUGGUCGCGCAAGCAGUCAGUGUGUAGCGCGGUGAGCGGCGCGUCGAAGGGCGAAGAUGAUCCGCUCAGCGGCGGCCUGCAGCUCUACCCCUUCGCCAUCGCUCUGCGGGUGCGGGUGCUGCAGAUCGUGUGCGGGAUCGGCGGAAUAGUGGUGGGAGCGGUGGGCUGGUUGGAGGAGAGACAGCAGGUCGAGCUCGGGCUUGGUGUACCGGCGGGGGGCAUCACAGUGCUGGCUGCAGCAACUUCAGUGUACUACAGCCGAGGAUUCGGCGGCUGGCCGUCCUCACGGGCAGGCGCGCCGCGCGCGUGGGGCGCUCCGUGGCGCGCGCUGGGCCCGUCACCCUGCGCCGCCGUGCCUCUUACGCUGCUGUGGACGGCAGCUCUAGCAGCCCACAUUGCCAUGCUGGCCUUUUGUAUCAGAUCGCUCUUGAAUAUAGGAUGCGGCAGCAGUACGUGCAUAGGCGUGGCGGGCGCGCAGUUGUCCGUGUCCGUGUCGACGCUAGCGGCUGCUGUCUUUAUGCUGCAGCUCGACCUGCGGUACGACGCGUCGCUGUCCCCGCCGCCGCGCCACUCUGACAUGCAUACCUGCACUGCUGUGUCUAUGGUGCCGCUGACAUCGGUGGCGGUGCACAGCGGGAACAGCGGCGACGCGGACGGCAGCCCACACGAGAAGACCAAAGAAGCCCCUUCGCCGCUGGAACCCACCUGAUGCAGAAGCGCCUAAAGCCAUGACACACGCGAGCUUCUACAACGGAUUUCUUGCUGCAGAUAAAUCGAGUUAAUGUUUCGGUCACAGAAAAACUCGCAGCGCCAUUUCCUAAAGCUCAUGUAGUGUGUGCUGGCUGUAAAUUCUUAAGGGUUGCGCUAGCUCGGGCAAGUCAAUUACUGGGCAAACAAAUAACGUGACCUCAAGAUCCGAAACAACUCUGCGUAAUCAAAGGCCGUUCUUAUACUGGUUGGUCCAAGCAGUCAACUCGCCCGCGCUCGGCGACAGUUGCUGAACAUAAGGCACUUGUCCCACCGCCGACGAUGAGCGAUAAGCGAGUAGAACGAUAAACUAGAAACGAGUGGGCGAGCGGCGAGAAGCGAGUGUUAGCUCCAAUAGUUUUGUCGCUCGGCUAUAGGCGAGUGUUCGAGUGCGACGGGCUAUUACUCGCGUCACUCGCUCGGGCGGUGCAGCGUAGCCGAACACGCAGACUGAUUGGUCUCGCAGCUUGAGUUCUAACUACGAAGCGAGCAUCGCCGAGCGAGUACCGCUGAGCUAGUUUUAUCUUUUCGCGGCAACAAACUAGUAGAGCGAGUGUUCUCGCCAGCAGUGUGAACAGCCAGCGAUGAACUAUUAAUAUAUGUGUCUCUUUUACUAACACAGGAUCCUGAUCUUUUGUUCGUUUCUUGGGCGAGAAAAUCGCCGAUAGUUAAUCGCUUACUCGCUCGUGGUGGGACAAGUGCCUAAAAGCCCCGAAGAACUCUCUAGUCAGUGUGGACUUUCUUGCGUAAACAAAGCUUAUGACUGAGACUUUAUAUAGUCAUUACUAUCAGUUACCAGAAUAAAGUUUUUUUUUGUAUAAAGAGUAUUCUCGAUGUUUUAAAUUAUAUAACAAAUGUAUACAUACCUCUAUUUAGAGCCUUGUGUUUAGAUCAUUAUUGCUGUAAAUAUAAAAUUAAAAUAAACUGUAUUCUUUAGAACGAAUAAUUAUGAAAGAU